GCAAGUAGCUUUAAGUAGUGCAGUGGGGAUUUAACGCAACAUUUCUUUUAAUGUGAAUGUUUUGUCACAGAAUGCAAAUUGUAAUAGCUUCUGUUGUUCAUCAUUGUUCUCCUCUUACAGCCUCUACCGUGCCUAACAACAACUCCACCUCACUCACUCUCGUUCUCACCGUACCCCAGAAACAUCUUUAUUCCAAAAAGGCACUCCUGGUGUGGUUCUGGCAACCUUACGAGCCGUCGCCGGGCCAGGUCAUGAGCUACUUCAUCACGUACCAGCAAGAAGGAAGUAACUCCAAGACGGUCAUUACGGUGGAUACCGCCUUCACGUCAGAAACCCUGAGGAACUUGCAGCCGGACGAGCCCUACAGGGCAUUCGUCAAGGCAGUUCUCAACAGCACCGAUGUUCCUUAUAUAGACAGCGCCCUCACGCAGUUUGAAACACCAAAACAAAGGUUUGAACGCAGUAGUAUGGGGGUCACGGAAUUUGUCAUCCUGUUUUUAAUCUUCGCACUUUGGGGAUUGGCCAUGCUAAGAUUCUUUGGCACGUGGAACAAGAAAAUGAAUUUGAGAGUGACCAAAGACUCGAUAAGGACUCGAGACUCAUCGCCGACUCAUCGCCACUUGGAAGCGUAUAGGAUGUACAAGAAGCGUCGCGCAGCGGCUCAACAGGCAAAACCGCCGAGGGACAGGUCACAGGAAGAAGCAGGCGGUAGCGGCGGCGGCGGCUUCGGUAGGAGUUGGCAGCGGUCAUCCACCAUGAAGAGUUUUCGGGCUCGUGCGUCAAACUUCAAAAGGACUAGAUUCGGAUCGUCAAAAUCCUCAGCGCCGCCGUCCCCGCUACCGACCGCACCUGAACGUGAACCGUUGCGGUCAGGAGAACUUUUAACAACGCCCCACCCUAGUAUGCAGCUGCAGACACUGCAUCAUGAACAUGAACAUCAUCAUCAUCAACAACAACAUCAACAACCGCAAGACCAACCGCAUAAUUUAACUCCACCGCGGUCUCAACCGCACUUGACCGCCGCGGUUGUAAUUGGUGUGCCUGUCCAUGUGUCUUACGAAGCGGCCGGUGGUAGAGGUGGUGGGUCCCCUACGGCAACGGUCCGGUUGAGUCCUGACCACGAGCCGCAUUCUGUCAUAUGACAACACUUGUGACCCCGCCUUACGAGGGAAAGCCCGGUCUCAUGAAGGGGCUCAUUACCAUGGCAAUGAUGCUCUGUUUCUGGGUCUUCGUCGUC